AUGUACUCAAAAGCACCGGAUAUUAGAAAAGUUAGAAACAAGGCUUUCUUUAAGGGCAAAAAGGGAAUUUGUGAUGUUGUGUUUGAUCACAUGCAACUUGGUACACAUUCCUUCACUUUCAAUCAUGUAUAUGGAAGCUCUGGUUCCCCAUCAUCCUCCAUGUUUGAAGAUUGUGUUUCUCCUCUUGUUGAGGGUCCGUUUCAAGGAUAUAAUGCUACUUUUCUAGCUUAUGGCCAGGACUCACUUGGUGGGAACAACAGAACUGUUAUGAUAGCUUGUGUUAGUCCUGCUGAUAUAAAUGCUGGGGAGACUCUCAACACUUUAAACCAAUUCUGGUGUGAUAAGGAGGAAACAACAAAAGAGUUGGAGCAUACUCUUCUCCAAGACUUCACGGAUAAAGAGAUGCUUCGUUCUGAUCCUGCUUAUGACAAGUCACUUCAGCAGCUAAAAUGCUUCUUGAGAUACACCCUGAUAUUAGAUCCAAAUUCUAACGGUUACUUUGAUUUGAUGAUUAAGACAAAUCCAGAGAUUCUGAAGAGAUGGAACAACGAGGUACGAGAAGUUGUUCAAUCAAGGGUUGCACUUGUACAGUUUCAUGCACUUAUUCAGCUCCACCAGAUAAGACAAAAUGACCAAUUGGAUGUUAGCAAAUUAGUUAACAGUUUAACAAGGGGUACCGUUCGUUCGCCUUUAGCCCAAUGCCUUUUAAUUUGUUACACAAGUCAGGAUUUCCGUGUUAUUCUUGAUAAAGAGUUGAGAUUGAUAUUGAAGCUAAGAGACAUGAAGAAGGGUUUUAGAGCUUCUUCUGACAACUUAAUGACGAGUUACUAA